CGCCCGCCCCCGCCGCGCGCGCCGCCCCCCAUUCUCCCGGAUUAAUUAAGGAGGCAGCGGCAGGAGGCUGCGUCCUGGCCGCGGGCCGGGGCCGGGGCGCCGCUGGCAGGAGCGCUUGGGGAUCCUCCAAGGUGACCAUGGCCUUGCUGGGGAAGCGCUGUGACGUCUCCACCAAUGGCUGUGGGCCUGACCGCUGGAACUCGGCCUUCGCCCGCAAAGACGAGAUCAUCACCAGCCUUGUGUCUGCCUUAGAUUCCAUGUGCUCGGCGCUCUCCAAGCUGAACGCAGAGGUGGCCUGUGUCGCUGUGCAUGAUGAGAGCGCCUUCGUGGUGGGCACCGAGAAGGGGAGAAUGUUUCUGACCGCGCGGAAGGAGCUGCAAUCAGACUUCCUCAGGUUCUGCCGAGGACCCCCGUGGAAGGAGCCGGAGGCGGAGCACCACAAGAGGGUGCCUCGGGGUGAGGCUGGCGGCCGGAACAUCGCUCGGUCCACCCUGGAGCAUGGCUCAGAUGUGUACCUUCUGCGGAAGAUGGUAGAGGAGGUGUUUGAUGUUCUUUAUAGCGAGGCCCUGGGAAGGGCCAGCGUGGUACCGCUGCCCUAUGAGAGGCUACUCAGGGAGCCUGGGCUGCUUGCCGUGCAGGGGCUGCCCGAGGGCCUGGCCUUCCGGAGGCCAGCUGAGUAUGACCCCAAGGCCCUCAUGGCCAUCCUGGAGCACAGCCACCGUAUCCGCUUCAAGCUCAAGAGGCCACUCGAGGAUGGCGGUCGGGAUUCAAAGGCCCUGGUGGAGCUGAACGGUGUCUCCCUGAUAACCAAGGGGUCUCGGGACUGUGGCCUGCAUGGCCAGGCCCCCAAGGGGCCACCCCAGGACCUGCCCCCCAGCGCCACUUCCUCCUCCAUGGCCAGCUUCCUGUACAGCACUGCACUCCCCAACCACGCUGUGAGAGAGCUCAAGCAGGAGGUGCCCACCUACCCACUUGCCCCCAGCGACCUGGGCCUCAGCCGGCCUGGGCCUGAGUCCAAGACUCCCACUGCCCAAGACUUCUCUGACUGCUGUGGACAGAAGCCCACCGGGCCUGGUGGGCCUCUCAUUCAGAACGUCCAUGCCUCUAAGCGCAUUCUCUUCUCCAUUGUCCACGACAAGUCAGAGAAGUGGGACGCCUUCAUCAAGGAAACCGAGGACAUCAACACGCUCCGGGAGUGCGUGCAGAUCCUGUUCAACAGCAGAUAUGCGGAAGCCUUGGGACUGGACCACAUGGUCCCCGUCCCCUACAGGAAGAUUGCCUGCGACCCGGAGGCUGUGGAGAUCGUGGGCAUCCCGGACAAGAUCCCCUUCAAGCGUCCCUGCACCUACGGGGUUCCCAAGCUGAAGCGGAUCCUGGAGGAGCGGCACAGCAUCCACUUCAUCAUUAAGAGGAUGUUUGAUGAGCGAAUUUUCACAGGGAACAAGUUUACCAAAGACCCCACGAAACUGGAGCCAGCCAGCCCGCCAGAGGACACCUCUGCAGAAGUCUCCCGUGCCACCGUUCUUGACCUGGCAGGGACUGCUCGGUCAGACAGGAGCGGGAUCUCUGAAGACUGUGGGCCAGGAACCUCCGGGGAGCUGGGGGUGCUGAGGCCCAUCAAAAUGGAGCCAGAAGAUCUGGAUAUCAUUCAGGUCACCAUCCCAGACCCGUCGCCAACCUCUGAGGAAAUGACAGAUUCGAUGCCCGGGCACCUACCCUCGGAAGAUUCUGGUUAUGGGAUGGAGAUGAUGACUGACAAAGGCCCCAGCGAGGACCUGCGGCCAGAGGAGCGGCCUGUGGAGGACGGCCACGGCGAUGUGAUCCGGCCCCUGCGGAAGCAAGUGGAGCUGCUCUUCAACACGAGAUACGCCAAGGCCAUUGGCAUCUCGGAGCCCGUCAAGGUGCCCUACUCCAAGUUCCUGAUGUACCCAGAGGAGCUGUUUGUGGUGGGGCUGCCUGAAGGCAUCUCCCUCCGCAGGCCCAACUGCUUCGGGAUUGCCAAGCUCCGGAAGAUCCUGGAGGCCAGCAACAGCAUCCAGUUCGUCAUUAAGAGGCCUGAGCUGCUCACCGAAGGAGUCAAAGAGCCCAUCACGGACAGCCAAGAAAAUUAUGAUGCCAGACUCUCCCGGAUCGACAUUGCCAACACGCUGAGGGAGCAAGUCCAGGAUCUGUUCAAUAAGAAAUACGGGGAAGCCUUGGGCAUCAAGUACCCCGUCCAGGUCCCCUACAAGCGCAUCAAGAGUAACCCCGGCUCGGUGAUCAUUGAGGGGCUGCCCCCGGGAAUCCCGUUCCGAAAGCCCUGCACCUUCGGUUCCCAAAACCUGGAGAGAAUCCUCGCGGUGGCUGACAAGAUCAAGUUCACAGUCACCAGGCCUUUCCAAGGACUCAUCCCAAAGCCUGAUGAAGAUGAUGCCAACAGACUCGGGGAGAAGGUGAUCCUUCGGGAGCAGGUGAAGGAGCUCUUCAAUGAGAAAUACGGUGAGGCCCUAGGCCUGAACCGGCCUGUGCUGGUCCCUUACAAACUGAUCCGGGACAGCCCAGACGCCGUUGAGGUCACAGGCCUGCCUGAUGACAUCCCUUUCCGGAACCCCAACACAUACGACAUCCAUCGGCUGGAGAAGAUCCUGAAGGCCCGGGAGCAUGUCCGAAUGGUCAUCAUCAACCAGCUCCAACCUUUUGCAGAAAUCUGCAAUGACGCCAAGGUGCCAGCCAAAGACAGCAGCAUCCCCAAGCGCAAGAGGAAGCGGGUCUCCGAAGGGAACUCGGUCUCCUCUUCCUCCUCGUCUUCCUCUUCCUCGUCCUCCAACCCGGAGUCCGUGGCAUCCACCAACCAGAUCUCACUCGUGGUAAAGUUGCACAGAUCUGGACCUGACCACUCUACUUUCUGGCCUUCGCCCUGCACGCGGGCAGGGCCGUCCACUGUGGGGUGUGGGUUUGGGGUGCGGGGAGGCACUGGACUCUGAGUGGGCUCCACAGCCCGGGGUUGCAGACACAACUGCCUGAUCUACCCACAAGGUAGUCCACCCCUCUCAUCGGGACCUCACAGUUGCCCGGCAGACAAUCACUUUCCCACUGACAAGCCAAGGCUGAGAGAGGAAAAGAGCCCGUCCACUCCCCUGGGCAGUUCCCUAGCAGGAUCCCUAGCAGAGGCCCAGUUUUUUGGGCCAGUCAGAUACUAAGCUAAUCUCUGUACUCACAUCUCGAGCUCCAGGCCCAGCACAGCCCUGGGAGAUGAGGGUGCUAUCCAUUGUGGCCUCACUACCGUCAGUGGUGGGUGGAGAACCUCCUGCAAAGCUCUGCCUGCUCUGCGAUGUGUCUGGCUUUGGUUUUCUCCCACCCAAGAGGAAAACCUCGUUAGGGGCAUACGCUGGAGAGUUCUUUCUGAUUUCAAAAUAUUACCUUUGAAAUCCUGAGUCCGAAUGGGAAGAAUAUUGGAACACAUUUAGAAAAGAGUUUUGUUUUAGGUGCAAUGGACAUACGUUAUAUUAGUUUCAGGUGUACAACAUAAUGAUCCAAUAUUUGUAUAUAUUGUGAAAUGAUCACCACAAUAAGUAGUUAACAGACAUAGUUAUAGAAUUUUUUUCCUUAGAGAUUUCAGGAUUUCUUUACCCUUUGACCAUGUUUCCCUUCAUUCCGUUCCUGGAAAACCCCAGAGUUCAGGCUUUACCUUUCUCACUUCCUGGGUAUGUGAGUGCCCACAGAGGGCUACUAGCUCCCCCAGGACAGCUUCUUGGGAGCGUGAGGCCCAGAGGGGGCUGUUUAUGGGAGUUCUGAGCCAAUCCCUAGCUCCCUCUGGCCCUCAUGCCUGGUCCACGCGAUCAGUCCCUGAGACACAAGUGGGAACAGGUCAGAAGGCUCCAGCCCAGGUUCCAUGGCUACUGAUGAACUGUGUGACCUUGGGCGGGCCAUGUCUCCUCUCUGGGCCUUCAGCAGCCUCAAAAUAAGAGCAUCGAGGAAGCCCUUCAGAAAGCGGAGCUAAGGGCUCUGGUGUUCCUCCCACGUCGCCGGGCAUCCUAACCGGGACCGUUUGUCCCCCUCU